CGAGCCCGUCUCUCUACCACACCCCUGCCAGAGCAAGGAUGACUUGGACACUCGACUCUUGCACCUCCCUCAACCACCCCUUCAGUCUGAUUCCUUCACUUUGCCACCAUCCACUUGUUGAGGACCUCCUCAAGCUUCCGCCCGACCAUGCGCCACUCUUGGACUAUUUCACGACUCUUUCGUCUUCCCUUGCCGACCGAACAAAGGGACACCCUCCAGCCGCUGCACCAGAGUCACUGAAGCUGUUUGCCCACUCAGUGAUACAGGGAGGCCGCCUACCGACAUCUGUGGUCAUCACGGCAAUCGUCUACUUGAGCCGCGUCGCAACGUACCAUUCCGACUACGACGACCUCCUCCAUAGAAGAGUAUUGCUGGGUGCUCUUCUGUGCGCAAACAAGUACCUUAAUGACUCCUGCCAUAAAGGUGCCACCUGGGCACGCAUCUCGGCGAACUUUACGCCCCGCGCUAUCAUGCAGAUCGAACUUGACUUCUUUUUCUCUAUGAAGCAUAAGUGCAGCAUAACGAACGAAGACAUUCUAGCCCAUCACGGUUUUCUGACGGGAAAGCUCCCGAUCGCUGCCGCGAUGCACGAUAACCGCGGUCCUCUACCACAGACGCGACUCUGCCAAACUCCGUGCAAUUACCAAGGCCGCUGGCCAGGAGCCACAUUGCAUGCUCGUUCUGACAGCGAUUUCUGUCACACAAUCCCGUCCUCGCAGCUCGCUUCUAUGCCUCAUGUCCCAGCGGAUAGCGGGUCACCAGACUCACCCCUCUACACCCCUGCACCGCCGGGACGCCCGCGACGCUUUCUAAUCGCUUCCGACCAGGCAAUGUACCUCGAGAAUCCUUCUCGGGAGGUGAGGAGGGAAGAGAAUAGAUGGUGUGAGACGCCAUCAGCGCGGGAUGGCAUUGAUAACCCACAGGUCGGCGUCAAAUCCUGCGCAGGGUCCCGAUAUCGAUCCGAGAGCGCGCAGGGCGCCUCGGAUACUCCACUCACACUCGCGGACUUGUUGAGGAGGUACAAUGAGCCCGUCCCCAGCGUGCUCGAUAACCGCAGUCGACAUGAUGGCGAGUGCCGAUGCACUUCCACUGGCAGCAAGCCUACAGGUUCUCCUUCAAGACCUCGCCGCUCGACCUCUCGUAGGUCGGAUCCCUAUCCCUCGCCCAUGUACCGGCGCGAACGUGAUCAAUUCGUGUAUCGGCCCCGCAACGCCAGAAGCUGA